UUUUUUUCUCUAAUGUUAUGAAUUUUUGUUUUUUGCACAAUAUUAAAAUCUGCACAAAAAGUAGAUUUUUGGUCAAAAACUAAUGUAGAAACUGUCAUGGUUUGCUAUGGCAGACACUUUUUGUUAGUUUUGUUUUGGAGUUUUUGCACUUCCUGUUUUAUUUUGUAAUUGGUUUCCAUGUGUGUCAGUGUUUUUGCUUCCUGUCUUGGUCCUGUGUCUGUGAUUGUCUGCCCUGCCCUAAUGUGUUUCACCUGUGUUCAAUCAUCCUUGCCUCCCUUGUCUAUAUAGUCCUUGUGCUCCCCUUUGUCUGUGUCGGUUCGUCCCUUUUCAGUUCCGGGUUUGUUCACGUCUGUUCACGUCUGUUCAUGUCACGUUCAUGCCAUGUUCAUGUUUGGAUUUUGGAUUUUUGUUUAAUAAACCUGCCUGCACCGUCUCCCAUGUGUUAGCUGCAUUUGGGUCCUACUUACCUCGCAAAAACCCUGACAGAACGAACCGACCAGAAAUGGACCCAGCGGUCUACGCCAGCCUCAUGGCUUUUUUGAGUGUUCAUCCAUCCUGUCAGCAAGCGCCCUCGUCGGUCAUCAGAUCUCUGUUCAAGCUGCCUGUCCCCUUCUCGGACUCGGACCUGGAGGACUCUGAUCGGGAGGACCCUGACGAGUCCCCUUUCAGGGGAACUCGCCUGGCAAUUUUCGGGGGAUCUCGUGGAGGCCAAAGAAGGCCAGGUAAUCACGGCUCCCGUCGCCAUGGGGAGGCUCCGCCUCGGCCCCAGCCCCAGGUUUCUCGCUUCCAGCCCAAGCCAAAGACCAAGGUCCACCGCUUCCAGCCCAAGCCCCAGCUACCCCAGUGUCCAGAGCCUCUAAUCCCCUGUGGGCAGGAGCCUUCACCAACCACCCUGGCUGACACAUCAGCUGUUCCAGCGUCGGGGGUUCCACUUGGCGUUUCGUCGGCUCCUGCCCCACCUCCUGGGUCGAUCAUCCCGGCCGGCGCAUCAGCUGUCUCAGCGUCUGGGGUCCCGGUCGAUUCCUCCCUAGCCCCUGAAUUGGGUGGGCUGGACAAAGUCUCCCCUGCUCCACCUGUCCUGUCGCCGGUCCAGCUGACUCCAGACUCUUGUUCCCAGUCAGUGGUCCGGCCGAUCCCUGCUCCUCGUUCCCUGCCGUUGGUCCGGCCGAAUCCUGUCCCUCAUGUCCAGUCGGCACUCCAGCUGACUCCUGACUCUGGUUCCUGGUCAGUGGUCCGGCCGAUCCCUGCUCCUCGUUUCCUGUCGGCGGUCGCUGCUCCGUGUUCUCCAGCGGCGUCUACGACUGUUCCUGUCCCUCCUGUGGUGUCGGCGGCCGCUGCUCCAUGUUCCCCGGCGGCGUCGACGACUGUUCCUGUCCCUGCUGUGGUGUCGGCGGCCGCUGCUCCGUAUUCUCCAGCGGCGUCGAUGACGGCUACUGGUGUGACGUCACCACCUCUCCUGGUUCCUGAUGUGACGUCACCACCUCUCCUGGCUCCAGCCAUGACAUCACCCCCGCUCGUGGUUCCUGCCAGGGCACCACCCCCAUUGAUUCUUGCCCUGACUCAGCCCAUGUGGCUCCUGGUGUCCUUGACUCCUGCCAGGGCGCCACCUCCAGUGGUCCCUGACUCUGUGCCGCCUCCGGUGGUCCCUGACUCUGUUCCGCCUCCGGUGGCCCCUGACUCUGCGCCGCCUCCGGUGGCCCCUGACUCUGCACCGCCCCCGGUGGCCCCUGACUCUGCGCUGCCCCCGGUGGCCCCUGACUCUGCGCUGCCCCCGGUGGCCCCUGACUAUGUGCUGCCCCCGGUGGUCCCUGACACUGUGCCGCCCCCGGUGGUCCGGCUGAUCUCUGUUCCUCGUGUCCUGAUGGUGGUCCAGCUGACUACUGUCCCUGGAACCAAGUCAGCUCCUGUUCGCCUUCCAGAGUGGCGACGCCAUCCUCCGGCUCGACCUCCGGAGAGACCACGUCUUCGUCGCCGUCCUCCUGCUCGACCUCCGGAGAAACCCUGUCUUCACCGCCGGCCUCCAGAACGGCUCCGUCCGUUUGCCCGACCUCCGGGUCGCCCCACUGAACUACCAAGCCUGUCCAUAAGGCCUCCGCCUCGUCCCCCUGAGUUGCCAUGUGUUGCCCCUGAGCAUCGGAAGAUGCUGUCCACUGGCCCCUGGAUUCCUCCCGCCCGAGUUUAUGUUUUUGUUUAGGGUCGUCUGGGAUUCGACCCUUAAGGAGGGGAUUCUGUCAUGGUUUGCUAUGGCAGACACUUUUUGUUAGUUUUGUUUUGGAGUUUUUGCACUUCCUGUUUUAUUUUGUAAUUGGUUUCCAUGUGUGUCAGUGUUUUUGCUUCCUGUCUUGGUCCUGUGUCUGUGAUUGUCUGCCCUGCCCUAAUGUGUUUCACCUGUGUUCAAUCAUCCUUGCCUCCCUUGUCUAUAUAGUCCUUGUGCUCCCCUUUGUCUGUGUCGGUUCGUCCCUUUUCAGUUCCGGGUUUGUUCACGUCUGUUCACGUCUGUUCAUGUCACGUUCAUGCCAUGUUCAUGUUUGGAUUUUGGAUUUUUGUUUAAUAAACCUGCCUGCACCGUCUCCCAUGUGUUAGCUGCAUUUGGGUCCUACUUACCUCGCAAAAACCCUGACAGAAACGUAACAUAGCACUGUCUCUAUCAUAAAAAGGUCAAAUCUGCCCCACAAAAAAAAAAACUUAAAUUGUGACAUCAUUUAAACUACGGUCCUCGUCAGAUCUGAUAUUAACAAGCUCUAAGUUCAGGUGUGAAUGCACCCCAGACUCAUUGAAGACACAUUUGAGAUCCGAUCACUCAGACCACAUUCAGAGGUGGUUUGAGCCACAUGUAAAACGUCAUUUGUAUAAAUUCUGAAUGAUGACCAGAUGUAAUAUCUAGGAAUGAAAGCGUCCAUGUGGAAAGCCAGAGGGAAUGAUAGAGGGUGCCAAGCAUUAACAAUAAGCCUUUACAGUGAUUAACAAUUAACUUCUAAAUUAACUUUC